AGAAAAAAUGGGCUGAAAAUGUUCUUAAACAUAGUUAAAGAAAAGUUAAUCAAGUGAAAAACACAAAGAUGGAUCCUGUUGUACAGGCCAGGAAAGCAAAGUUACGUGAGCUGGAGCAGUCUCUUUUUGGAUAUUCAGACAAUACUGUGGUUGGCCUGCCAAAAGUAAAAGAUGUAGACGAGUAUAGUGCGCGGUAUGGAUCAUAUGAUACUGCGCAGCAGGAAGUACCACGUGUGAAAACAGCGCGGCAACCUAAUCAUGUCGUCUUCACAGCAGAAACAAAAAAGAAGAAUCAACAGUCUGGGCAGUCCUAUCUAGACAGUGAUGAUGAGAGUUCAACUCCAGGACCUGCUCCAACAGCACCACCUCUUUCUAGAGCUACAACAACUAGAUCCAAGAAAUCAGCAGCUGUCAGGUUCAGAGCAACAUCAGCUAAACGAUCCCAGCAGAUUCUAGAUGAAGAAAUUGAAUCCUUUUCCUCCCGACUGUCUCCUUCCUUAAACCUGGGGAACCCUCUCACCUCACCUAAAAACCAAUUGGACAAGACAGAAAAACAAGAAUACAGAUAUAGUAUGGAAGAUGAUUACAAUGAUGAUGAUGAUGAUGAUCAACUUCCUCUGAUUCAAGUUCAAGGAACAAAAAAUAUCCUUGGCAGAGCAAACUUUAUACCAAAGAGCAAGUCUGACAUGUUGCUGCAGGAGGAGAGAAAACUGUUUGGGUUCAAGAGUAAACCCCCGCCAACUCCAGGGACCAGGAGUAAGGAACAGAGAAGGAAUAGUAUCAGCUCCGGGAGCAAGAACCCAGCUCUUAGUAACAGAGAUAACUCAGAAACCUUCAAGGAGCCGAGGUUGAAAACAGCUGGACUCCUGAGGUUAGAACAAAGUGAUCUGGAGAUGUCGCUAUCUGCAGCAAAAUUUAUGCAUUUAAAGAAUUCCAAGAUUGAAAGAAUAAAAGCUGAAGAACGACUGGACGAGUUUUCAGAAAUGGCGUCAGUAAAGCAGAUGGACCAGAUUAGCAACAGAAAAACUAGUUCUAGUAGAUUAGACAUUUUUCAGGAUAUGCCAACAGAUACAUACCAUCAAAUGCCUGGUCGAAGUCUAUACGACAACAUGCCUUCUGAUGUUUACGAAAACAUGCCAUCAGACACAUUUAAAGACAUCCCUAAAGACGUAUUUGAAAAUUUACCAAGAGCGGUGACUGCAAGGCAGCGUGACCGGGAUAGCGUCAAGAAAUCAGCAAGUGAGUCAGACUUUGUUCCAAGUCAACCUACAGACUUAAGUUUACGAACACCUAAACCAGAUGUCUCUGCUAGACCAAAACAAGGGAGCAGAAGCUCAGCCCCAAAAGAAGUUGGAUUUAUAGCUAUGCUGUUCCAGGGUAAAAGAGAACCAAUGCCAUCAAAUUCAAUUUCAUCUGCUUUUAACCAGGUUGAAUCAGAUUACAUGUUUGCCUUGUUCAUACAGAACCAAGAGGAUGGUCAUAAAGCAUCCUCUAGCAGUGCACGGAGGCAGGAGCAGGAUCUCGAGAGUGAGGUUGGACAUUUCUGUGCUCCCUUGUGUCCCGGAUUUUGUCAAGCUAACUUGUGUAUUUUCCAUUCUGACAGGGAGGAUAGAAUACAAUCAGCUGUAGGGGACCGUACUGUACAAGAUCCACAAGGAUUAUAAUAUUCCAGACGCCAUUUUGAAAAAUCUAAACUUAAAUUUAAUUUAAUGAAAUAUUCAGACAGACUUUAUGAUUCAGAAGUUUUAUAGAAAAAUUACUUUUUAAAAGAAUCAAUUUGUCAAAAGAUGAAGUGUGUUAUAAUUGCUAAAAAAUUAAGGGGUUACUUUAUGAAUAAAAAUUUUAUACCGAGGGGUACUAUACACUAUGCAAGGCUAUAUGUACUACAUCUUUGUACUGCAAUAGUAGAGAAUUUAGAUUUUUUACAAAUAACCAAUACACGACGUUUUGGACCGCGAUAACGUCAUGUUGCACUCAAAUAAGAACUUAACUAAAAAAACUAAAAGAGCUAAAACUCAAAAUUAUUUAAACAAUACAUAAAUGAUUAAGUAAUGUUACCCGGUGAUAUUUAAGCCUAAUUUAUUUACUAAUCUGUGAUUUCAAAACUAAAAAUGAAUAUAUUUUCAUGGCAAACAAUUGCUGUUAGAAAAAACCCUAGCAUUAUGUUCUCAACAUCGAAGUAUCAAAAGUAUUUCAAAAUUAAUAACAUUUUGUUCAAAGUUAUGAACAGAAUGUUCUGGAUAAAUCACAAGUUAGGGUUUCUUCUAUACAGUGCACUAAAUUGCUUUAUAUGUCCCAUGUAGCCAUAGGAAUUAAGUGUUGAUGACAUUAAAGUCGUCUUCCGUUCAUGCGGUAUUUAUUCUCAAGUAUACUCAUAACAAUAUAUGCAAUAUGAUCUCUGCUGUCUUUACCCAUUCCCUUCAUCUUAGGAUUUACAGAAUCCAUGAUAUACUAUCCAUGAUAUACUAUCCAUGAUAUACUAUCCAUGAUAUACUAUCCAUGAUAUACUAUCCAUGAUAUACUAUCCAUGCGGAAUAUUUAGAAAAUAUUGAAUAAUGUCAAUUUUUAAUAC